CUCCUAUCCGGUCACGUCACUGCCUGCAGCGCGGGAGACGAAUUCAACAAAAGUUGUACUUGAAGAAUUGCCGCCAAGCUUCUAGUCGAAACUGUGAAGUGGGGUAACAUGCCUUGUGAACGGAAGCCUAUGCGAUACGGUCAUUCCGAAGGACAGACGGAUGUCUGCUUCGACGGGAAAGGAAAGUGCAUCCUCACCUGCGGAAGUGAUGGCGACGUGCGCAUCUGGGAGAGUCUGGAUGAUGACGACCCCAAAUCGAUAAACGUUGGAGAGAAGGCCUUCUCUCUCACACUCAAGAAUGGGAAGUUGGUGACGGCGGUGUCCAAUAACACGGUGCAGAUCCACACGUUUCCCGACGGGGACCCGGACGGCAUCCUGACGCGCUUCACCACCAACGCCAACCACGUCACCUUCAAUCGCUUGGGCACUCGCGUGGCAGCAGGCUCCAGUGACUUCCUGGUGAAGGUGGUGGAGGUAGCCGACAGCAGUCAGCAGAAGACUCUGAGGGGCCAUGAUGCUCCUGUCCUCAGCGUCGACUUCGACCCCAAAGACGAGUUCCUGGCUUCCUCCAGCUGUGAUGGUUCUGUGGCCGUGUGGAACAUUGAUGAACAGGCCAAAGUGACCAGCUGGAGUGUCCUCCAGAAGUCCAGCGACGUCACCAACGCCAAGUCUCUCUGCAGGUUGUCUUGGCAACCACAGUCUGGAAAGCUCCUAGCGGUUCCCGUGGAGACCAGUGUGCAUCUUUACGAGCGGAACUCCUGGAGCCUCGUCAGCACCCUCUCUGAUGACUUCAUCACACAGGCCAUAAAUGUGGUGGUGUGGUCCCCCUGUGGCCGCUUCUUGGCUGCUGGGACCAUUGGAGGCUACUUGACCCUGUGGGACGUGAGCACCAAGAUGUGCUUAGAGAGGCAGAAACAUGAGAAGGGCUACACGGUGUGUGGCAUGGCUUGGCAUCCCUCCGGGGAGCAGAUUGCUUACACGGACACCGAGGGCUGUCUCGGCCUGCUGGAUGGACUGCCCGCCGCCGCCACCGCCACCACGACUACACAGCAGCCGAGCAAGAGCACCGCCAAGGUGAAGGAGACUAAGGAGUAUGAUGAUCUGUUUGAUGAGGAUGACGAUCGUUUCCUGGAUGACGAAGCGAGUGAGUCCCCGGUGAAGAAGAGGAGCGCUGUGGUGCAGGAUGAUGAUGAUGAUGAUGACGAUGACAUGAUGCCUGCCACCGGGCGACCUCGCCAUCGCAGCAGCUUCCUGGACGAUGACGACAACUCACAAGGCUCUGUGGCCCUGGAUCGGUUGAAGAUGACUAUGGCGGAUGGUGACGGCGAUGAUGCAAGCAGUGCCAUCGUGCCCCUUGUGCCAUCUGCGGUGGCCGCGGCAGCAACCAGACCCGUAUACGACGGGCCCAUGCCCACCCCCCCACAGAGGCCGUUCCAGUCUGGAUCAACGCCAGCGCACCUCAUGCACAGAUUUAUGGUAUGGAACUCGGUGGGUAUCGUGCGCGGCUACAACGACGAGCAGGACAACGCGAUCGACGUGGAGUUCCACGACACAGCCGUGCACCACGCCAUGCACCUGACCAACUCGCUAGGCCACACCCUGGCAGACCUAUCCCAGGAGGCUGUGCUGCUCGCAUGCCCCAGCACCGACGAGCUGGCCAGUAAGCUUCACUGCCUCCACUUCUCGUCGUGGGACACCAAUAAGGAGUGGAUGUUGGACCUGCCUAAGGGGGAGGAUGCGUUGGCGGUGUGCCUGGGGCUGGGCUGGGGGGCCGUGGCCACCAAUGCGCUCCUGGUGCGCCUCCUCUCCGUUGGGGGGCUCCAGAAGGAGGUGUUCAGCCUGCCGGGACCCGUCGUCAGCAUGGCCGGACACGGGGAACAACUCCUCAUCGCCUUCCACAGAGGUACGGGUUUUGAUGGUGACCAGUGUCUUGGGGUGCAGCUGCUGCAGCUCGGCCGUCGCCGGCGGCAGGUGAUCCAGGCGGAGCCCCUCCCACUCUCACGCAAAUCUCACCUGGUCUGGCUGGGAUUCACCGCAGAGGGAACCCCGUGCUGCAUAGACUCGGAGGGAGUGGUGCGCCUGCUGAAUCGCUCCCUUGGCAACACCUGGACUCCCAUCUGCAACACGCGGGAACACUGCAAGGGGAAAUCAGACCACCAGUGGGUGGUGGGCAUACACGAAAACCCACAGCAGCUCAGGUGUAUUCCAUGUAAGGGUUCUCGUUUCCCUCCUACUCUGCCGCGUCCUGCUGUGGGGAUCUUGCCCUUCAACGUGCCCCUGUGUCAGGUGGCCACAGAGAAGGGACAGAUGGAGGAACAGUACUGGCGUUCGGUUCUCUUCCAGAACCAUUACGGGUUCCUUUCGUCCAGUGGAUAUGAGAUCGAUGAGGAGGGACAGAACCAGGCCCAGAAAGAACAGCAGGAACUACUCAUGAAGAUGUUCGCACUAUCGUGUAAGCUGGAGCGUGAGUUCCGCUGUGUGGAGCUUGCGGAGCUGAUGACUCAGAGUGUGGUGACUCUGGCCAUCCGCUACGCCUCGCGCUCACGACGCAUGGGAUUGGCCCAACGCCUUGGACAGCUGGCCCUGGAGAAGGCCAAUCAGGAGCAAGCCCUGCAGGAGGAGGAGGAGCCAGAGGAGGAGCCAACAUACACACACAGGUACAGGCAGAGCAACGGGCGGACGAGCAGACGAGAGGAAGAAGAGGAGGAGGAAGAAGAAGAGGAGGAGGAGGAGACGCAGGUGGAGGAACAGAUGGAGACAGAGGAGGCGGAGAGCAGGAAGCCACGUCUGAACCCGUUUAAGAAGGCUGCGGCAUCCCCAGAGAAGGCUUCUCCUAAACCUGCCUCAAUAGCAAACAAGGAGGCCAGAGUGAAUCCUUUCAAGAUGUCCGGUCCGGCCAAACCCUCUGCAUCUCCGGCGGGUCGAGCAGGAAGUGUUCUGGACACCAUGACGACAGCCAAUCGCAAGCCAGCAGCGUCCACUACCCCCGGCUCCAAGCAGAGCAAGUCCCCUGUGCUCAAACCCCUCGUGCCCCGGCCGAAGGCGAAGACUCAGACUCUUCUGCAGAUGAGCUCAAAGGCGGGAAGCAAGAAGCAACAGCCGCAGCAAGAGAAGGAGAGAGAGAGGGAGAAAGAGACGGAGGAGAAGAAGGAGAAGGAGGCAGCCACAGAGAGGCUCAAGCAGCCAGAAGAGGCCAAAUCAGCUGGAGACCAGGAGAACCGCCGGCCGAAGACUGGUUUCCAGUUGUGGUUGGAAGAGAACCGUAAGAGCAUCCUGGCAGACAAGCCGGACCUGGAGGAGACGGACAUCAUCAAGGAGGCCAUGGGCCGAUUCAGGACACUAUCCGCAGAGGACCGACUGUCCUGGACGGAGAGAGCGAAAGGGGAGGUGGGUGAUGUGAAGAAGAGGAAGAGGGAGGAGGAGGAGGAGUGCAAGGAGGGGGGAGGGGAAGAUCGGCAGCAGGAGGAGGCCUCUGCCAAAAAGAAGAAGCCCCUGGACACCUCCGCCAAGCUCUCCGCAUUCGCAUUCAACAAAUAACUACAACAGUGCAACACAUACGUGACUUACUAUUGCCCCCAGAGGGCUAUACUAAGAAGCUGGUUCAGGAGUAAACCGGGAUAAGUUAAGAGAUAACUCAUCUAAUAGAAGAGCCUUAGUAUAGGCCCCUGGUGCUUGAUUUUUCACCACGAUAACCUUUAUUCAGGUGUCAUUUUAUACUUAUUGGGCUCUGGUUUUUGGUUUUGGCCACGUCUGAAUUGGUUAUCAAAAGGUUGUUUUAUACAAAGUGUAUCUUCUAGAGUGGUGAAGGAAGUGCAUUGUUAAGUUCCUGCUUUGAGGAGUUUUGAGGUUAAUUGACUGACUGACUGGGGAAGUAACCAGUUGUAGUUGUGCCAGGAAACUCAAAGAAGCAUUUACAUCCACAGAUAUUUUAUAUGCCUUAUGAAGUUGAUGUAAGGUUUUUGUAUGUUUAUAAUGCUGUGUAUGUUUUGUAUUUUUUGUAAUGUUUACCAUCUUGUCAGAAAAUAAACAACUAUUAAAUGUAAGAAAAACCCCA